AGAGAUGAAAUUGCCCGCGGAUUUCUCCAAAAAUGAAUUGUCAGCCUUUCCCACAAUCUGGUUAAAACCCCCAGACAUUAAAUCUGAAAGUCUGAUUUAAUUGAAUUGCAAAGAGAAUUGUUUGUGUCCCACUAUGCCAGCCUGGGGAGGUCCCUUCCACAAGAGCAGGUCCUUUUCAUUUUCAGUGUUCCUUAAACGUGAGGAUGAGCCCACAAGGGCGCUGCGUCGUCGCCUGCAAGGAUGAAAGCCCUUUGCUGGAUUUAUGACAACGUGCAAAACUGGAUUACCUUUAAGCGUCACUGAAGCUUACUGGACUCACAUCCCAGUUGGAGGAGUUCACAGACAACCAACCUUUCAUUUGCAAGCCACAAAGAGAAAUUGCCCCUGUUUAACAGAGGCGUGUGUGAGUGGAAGCCGGGAGGGGGCGAGAUCCCUUAGUGCGAGUUUAUGUAGGACUCUGCAGGAUGGGAAGUGGCGUGUGUUGCAGCAAUCCACCCCAGGAUUCCGUCGUGGAACGUUCCCGGGAGGGAAUAAUUGUGACGUCAGCGCACCUACUAAUCCUCCCCACUGAGGGGGAGCCUGGAGCCAUGAGGUCAUCGCAGCGGCCACUAUAGCUAUCCCGAGAUCAGCCGCCACCGCCAGCCCAGCAGCUUCAACGGCGUGGGGGAGGGCAGCUGGCCCGAGCAAGGCCGCCUGGGAUCCCGCAGCCGCACUCCAGCUGCAACCGAGCUUGCAGCCGCAAAAAAAAAAAAAAAAAAAAAAAGCAUGGAGGAGGAGGCCGAGGCGAAAGAGCUGCAGGUCGGCUCCUGGCUGCCCGUGCUGGUGGAGCAGGUGGUGAACGACACCCUGGUGGUCACCUUGAGCUGCGGGGAGCGGCGCUUCACCGGGAUCCUCCUGGAUUGCACUAAAAAGUCUGGAUUGUUUUGUAUACCGCCAGCUUCAUUACCAAAGACCGAUGACCCUCCUAAACCUUGCACUAAUGGGACAUCUGAAGAUGGAGAGCCAAAAAAGAUGGAAACUGAACUGUGGUCUUCAAAUGAAAAAAAUUCCCAAGCCAAUAAUGAGGAGCACGUUCCUCCCCUAUUGCCUCCACCGCCAUCAGCCAGUGUUCCUGCUUACCCUCCCUAUUUUGAGGGAGCCCCUUUCCCCCCUCCAUUAUGGUUAAGGCGCACAUAUAAUCAGUGGAUACCACAGCCACCCCCAAGAACUAUAAAAAGAACAAAGAGACGCUUGUCCCGAAAUAGAGACCCAGGAAGGCUCAUCAUGAGCACCAUUAGGUUGAGACCAAGACGAGUGCUUUGUGAAAAGUGUAAGAACACCCUGAAUCCAGAGGAAGAUAGUAAAGCAAGGCAAAACGCUAAAACGAGGAGGAAGCUAAGCAUUCAGGAUAAGGAGCAAAAAAGACACAGUGAAUCUGAAUAUGUGGAGAAAAGGAACAAAAGAGAUAAGCGAGAAGAAGAGAAGUUCUCAGGGGAGCUGCUGCACCGGACUCCUGUUAUCAAAAUAUCUUACAGCACCCCACAAGGUAAGGGGGAAGUGGUGAAAAUUCCCUCUCGAGUUCAUGGCUCAGGGAGGCCAUUUUGUCCUCAGAAACUACUACUGAAUGGAGGGGAGGACCAAGAAGAGAAUCGAGGCUCAGAGCAGUAUGAGGAGCCAAAAUGUUUUAUGGACAAGUCAUCAAGUGGCCAUCUUGCUUCCAUUCCAAAGCUGAAGUUAACUAGACCUGUGCAUUCCAGUACAGAUGUGCCACCUCCAAAAAUCAGGCUGAAGCCCCAUCGAAUUAAUGAGGGGAAUAAUGUUUCAAUAUAUAAAGCUGAACUUAUUGAUGAAAUGAAUGUCCCUCCCAGAGGCCGAGGGUCUCGUGCUGCUGCUGAAGCUUUUUAUACGGAUGAGUCUGCUGAUAGAAGUCUAGCAGAAAUGUCUUCAGGCAGUUCCUGUGAAGAAGACGACUUUAAAAGAUUUCACCAAGGUAAAGAUGGAUGCAAUAACUUGGCUUUUCUUAUGAAUUACCGUAAAAGGAAAGCAGAUUCUUCUAGCUUAUCGGUAUGUAGCAAUGACAGCCUAGAUGAAUCCAAAUCUUCCAGCUCAGAAGUAACAUCUCCAGAAAUGUGUGACUUUUUACCUGGUGAUGAUGCAUCUGUCUCUUCAUCUUCAAAAGAGGAGCGCAAAAUUGUGCCCCCAUUAACAGUUCGACUGCACACGCACAGUGUCUCCAAAUGCGUCACUGAAGAUGGAAGAACUGUAUCGGUGGGGGAUAUUGUUUGGGGUAAAAUUCAUGGCUUCCCAUGGUGGCCAGCCCGUGUUCUGGACAUAAAUCUUAGCCAAAAGGAAAAUGGAGAUCCUUCUUGGCAGGAAGCAAAAGUUUCAUGGUUUGGUUCUCCAACAACAUCUUUCUUGUCUCUUUCAAAACUCUCCCCUUUCUCUGAACAUUUCAAACUGCGAUUUAAUCGUAAAAAGAAAGGGAUGUAUCGGAAAGCUAUUACAGAAGCUGCCAAGGCGGUGGAGCAUCUGACCCCAGAAAUAAGAGAUAUCUUAACACAAUUUGAAACAUAAAUUUGGCUUCUUUACAAGGUAACAGAAGAGCACAGCUGUUCUAAAGUUUCAUGAAGUCUGUCAACAUCCUGACACGCUCCCCGGGAGAUUUCUUACGGUUUUGCUGCGUAUGUGGCAGGAUGAACUGUCAGACUGGCCUUGCUGAUUGGCUCUAAAAGAUCAUCUGGGCUGCUUUGGAGACCCUCUGAAGACUGGUCUGACCAAAAGUCAUCAGGCUAGUUAACCUGAGAGAAUCGAACUGGCAAAAGAGAGAGAGAGCUAUAAACAUUUCAGUGGACAUGGGGAAAUAACGAACACCGCCUCAUGGAAUGUAUUUAUUAUGUAAAAUGAUAGCCCCUCUUGGUAAUUUCUUUGCAUUCCCCACUCACACAGAUAUUGCUGCUGCUGCUUCUACUUAACAUGGUCUCUCACACUCUUGUUUAAUUUUAAAUGCUCCAGUUGAACACACUCUCGAGAAGGGACUUGCAACAGAAUGGAAUCAGUGUAGUCUUAAGUAAAAUGGACUCACUUCUGUAUCUAUUAAAACUUGGAAAAUGUGCAAUGCA